AGGGAAAGGGCAGAGAAACGUAGCCGCUGGCUCCCUUUCUCCUUAACUCGUUCAAACUUUCACGUUCGCAGCAGCAGAAGUUUUCUCGGAGCUCUCCCUGCAGUUUGCACCCUUUUCAGCUUUUAGGACUGUGUUUCGGGAAUAUUGGUAUGGUUUCUAUUGGUUUGAAAGCGUUGCAAUUGAGAAAACAUAAAUCCCGUAAUUUAUCUGAGGACAGCUUGAUGGCUGACGAAGGCACGUCUUCUAUUGAUAAGGUUAGGAAACAUAGGAGAAUGGGCAGGAAAGGAAGUAAGAAAAAUGCAGGGUUUCAUGGAGGUGCUUCUACUGAAAACCAAUCAGGUGGUGGUGUACCUAAAAAAUUUGCAAAGGACAAGACAUCCUCUGUACCUCAGGCAUCAUAUGUCAGAAAGCAGGUUGACCCAGAGACUGCUAAAUACUUUUCGGAGAUAUCAAAUGUGAUAGAAGGAGCUGAGAUUGACCUGGAGGAGCGAUCUGUUAUAUGUGGCAAUGCAUUGGAAGAAGCCAGAGGGAAAGAAGUAGAACUUGCAACUGAUUAUAUUAUCAGCCAUACUAUGCAAACUCUCCUUGAAGGCUGUUCUGUGGAGCAUCUUUGUGCGUUUCUCAGAGGAUGUGCAAAGAACUUUUGUCGUAUUUCUAUGGAUAGGUCUGGUUCCCAUGUAGCUGAAACGGCCCUGAAGUCGUUGGCCAGGCACCUUGAGGAUGAUGAGAAUCACUCUCUCAUUGAAGAGACACUAUCUACUUUGUGCCAGGCAAUUGUGGUCAAUCCUGUUGAUAUUAUGUGCAACUGUUAUGGAUCCCAUGUCUUGCGGAGACUUCUUUGUCUUUGUAAAGGAGAUCCAGUUGACUCAUCAGAGUUUCAUAGCAUAAAGCCAUCAGUAGUACUGGCAGAACGCUUGAAUUUGAGAUCAACUCAGUUAGAUGGUCAUGAAUCACAACAGAACCCGCCGUUUCCAGAUCAACUAAAGUUUCUCAUAUCAGAGAUGUUAAACCCUUCGAGGGCAGACAUUGCAAUCCUACAAGUAAAUCAGUACAGUAGUUUGGUUCUGCAGACUGCUUUGAAAUUAUUAGCUGGAAAAGAGGAGGAGUUGUUCCGCUUAGUUCCGCUUCUCCUUGGAUGCCAUACAGACAAUGCCUUAGAAGGAAACUUCUUAGAAGUUACAGCAGGGAAAAAAAUUCUGCGUUUGGUAGAAGAAAAUGCAUACAGUCACUUAAUGGAGGUCAUCUUGGCAGUGGCUCCUGAUACCUUAUAUAAUGAAAUAUUCACAAAAGUGUUCAACAAUUCUUUGUUUAGGAUGUCGUCACAUCCUUCUGCAAAUUUCGUUGUGCAAGCAUUGAUAUCUCAUGCAAGAAAUCAAGAGCAUAUAAAGUUGAUUUACGAGGAACUGGGUUCUAGAUUAAAGAGUCUGGUUGAACUGGGAAGGUCUGGAGUUGUUGCAGCUCUGGUUGCUGCAAGUCAAAGGCUUGAGAUCCAUGAGCAAAAGUGUUGUAAAGCCCUUGCUGAUGCUGUGUGUUUGACAAAUGAGCCUUCUGCAUGCAUUGUUCCGCGGAUAUUAUUUCUCGACAAUUACUUCUCUGCUGUUGAUAAAGCCAACUGGAAUUGGCCGAGUGGUGUUAAAAUGCAUGUUUUGGGUUCUUUAAUGCUGCAAUCCAUUUUCAGAUUUCCAAGUGAAUUCAUACAAGCAUAUAUUACCAGCAUCACAUCCUUAGAAGAAGAUCAAAUUCUUGAAGCAUCAAAAGAUCCUGCUGGUGUCCGGGUUAUUGAGGCCUUCCUCACUUCAAAUGCUUCAGCUAAGCAAAAGCGCAAGUUAGUUAGCAAGCUUCGAGGACAUUUUGGAGAGCUCUCUGUGCUCCCUUCUGGUUCGUUUACUGUUGAGAAGUGCUUCAGUGCGAGCAAUUUGUCCCUGAGAGAGACAAUUGUAUCAGAGCUACUACCCGUCCAAACAGAGCUUUCUAAGACUAAACAGGGCCCCUACCUAUUGAAGAAACUUGAUGUUGAGAGCUUUGCAAAACGACCAGAUCACUGGAGAUCGAGACAAACUUCUAAAGAAUCUGCUUACAAAGAAUUCUAUGCAGCAUUUGGACCAAUGGACACAAAAUCAUCUCGAAGUGAAAACUUUCUUUCAGAUACUCAUCACAAAUCUAUGGAAAAGCUGAAGGGCAUGAGAAAAGAGAUUGAUGCUCGCCUUUCUACUGGUUAUUCGUCCAAGUCUGGUUCUCCAUUUUUGGCUCACCAGGGUUCUGGUGGACCAAAAAAAACAGGCAAUAAGCAGGUCCCUGAAGGCAGAGAGUUUCCCAGAGAUGUUGGAUAUGAUUCUUUCCAAAGCAAAAGCAAAAGGCAUAAAGUAGAAAAAACGAGCAUCUCUAGUAAGAAUAAUAAUGAUGGAGAAACUCUUCAUGGUGACAAAUCGUCAAGUAUUAAGAAUGAGAAAAAACGGCGCAGAAAAGAUGGCUUGUCAAAUUCUUUGGACAAGAAGUUGAAAGCUGGGAUUAGUGAUUAACUGAAAGCUACAUAUUGCGACUGCUGUAGAUAGUUCUCACACUCUUCCUUUCUUUCUUUCUUUUCUCCUUUGAAUUGUAUUCUAACUUUUAUCGGUGUGCAAUUAUUCCAUGCAUGAAGCUUUGAUGAAAUGAAAUCAGAGGGGGAUGCUAUAUGAUGAUCAGAAAGCUCUUGUAUUCACAUGUGUAAGCUAGAAAUUACAUAGAAUAACAAAAUGUGACUACAGCAAAAUUGCAGACCUUCUUAGAAGAACAAGUGGUCCUGUCCUAGAGAAAAGGGAUAAACUCUAAUACAAUGCAGAACCAUAUCCUUGCGAAAUGAAAUGAUUGCACUGCAGGUGGUCUCCAUUGGCAAUUAAUGCUUUCUACAGUCUUCCUACGGAGGCUUGGACCUGGCACAAGAACAUGAUAUCUGAGUGAAACUUCUUAAGGAGGAAAUGCUUGAACUUUUUGGAGUUAGGAGUUACUUGUUCUGGGUCGGAUUCGAUCUGCUUGGAGGUACUCUUCUAAAGCUUGAUUUCUCCUUCUUGUAUGGACUCUUCUCUUUCACAUGCAAACCCUUGAAAGAUUGUGAAGAUGGUGCCAUAUUUGUGGUGGGUGUUCGCGUUUUUGCCAGGAGGAGUCGUGUCGCUUGUGCACCUUGCAUGUCGCACUGCAAAACGAGCACCAAUGCCAGAAGCAAAGAGGCCAUCAGACUGAGGUGGGAUUUCAUAACUGAUUGUAGUAUGAGAACACAAUGUGUUUAUUGAGUACUAAUGCUUUGAACCAUUGAUGGUCUGGUAAAAUGAUAGAGCGAACUUUUGUAAUGAGAUUUGAAUGUGAUUAAGCCCUUGUGAUGGGAUUUAUAUAUCUAUGUAUUUUUUGUAAAAGUCUUGUUGGAAUCCUAUGCAAGUUGGAUCAUGUGAUACUACUUUGACUGUGA